CGAUGACGGCUCUUUUGCCAAAUGUCAUUUUAAAGGUGUCUUUUCUUGACCGGUUCUUAUUAUUUUCUCGGUUUACUAAACAAAAUGGCUCCACAAAAUUCAUUCGUCUCAUUUGUUAUAUCGUCUAUACUUGUUGUCGUUCUUCUCGCCACAUUGCGCUUUUACAAUCCAUGGUUCAAUGAAUCACCACAAAAUACUGUCGUAGGUGGUUUUCUCGGAUCAUGGUUAUUUAUUUUCACACUUACAUCAGUGUCAAAUAUUGAAAUGAUAACAUUUGGUAACAAUUUCCAAGCUAAAUUCAUUCCAGAGAUAUUAUUUUGUUUGACAACAUCUGUAAUAGCUUGUGGUGUGGUGCAUCGAGUUUGUGCAACAACUUGUAUUCUCUUUUCGAUUGUUAGUCUUUUCUUUUUGAAUAAAAUUUCACAGAAAUAUCAUAAUGCAGGAUCAACUGUCGUCGAACAAGUUUCCUUCCGUAAAGCUGGUGGACGGAAAAAUAAAUAAACUCAAAAGUGACUAUUUGAUUAAGAUUAGUUAUUUGUAAUGCAUUUUAUGAAAGUAUUUUACACAAAAAAAAUAACGUAAAGGUUUACUUAAAUA